UUGCCUUUCUGUCCGUCCCUCCUCCUCAAUCCUCAUCCGCCUAGGCUUUCAGUUUUUUUCCAACUGCGUCUUCUGUCUGUUCUCUCACCUCAGACCAACAGCUAUGUAUUCUUUGUUUAAGGUAGCAAGAUGUGGACUAAGGUUAGCAAACCACAAUUCUACUAAUAUGCUCAAAACGGUAGCGAAAAUGUCGAGUGUCAGUGAAUUCCCUCCACCUUUGACAACUCUAACAGACGAGGAACUUAUGAUGAAAGACACAGUUUCUAGAUUCGCUACAGAGAAAAUAACUCCAGUUGUAAAGCAGAUGGAUGAUGAUGGAAGGUUUCUACCAGAAAUUGUUCAGGGAUUGUUUGAAAAUGGACUUAUGGGAGUAGAAAUCAGCUCGGAAUAUGGUGGGACUGAAGCAUCGUUCUUUUCUACAAUCCUUGUUAUAGAAGAAAUAGCAAAGGCCGACCCCGCAUUAGCACUUCUUGUGGCUUUACAGAAUACUUUAAUUAACAGCUUAAUUAUAAAGUUAGGCACCCCAGAACAAAAAGAGAAAUAUUUGACCAGACUUGCAACAGACACUGUUGGAAGUUUUUGUUUGACUGAACCACUUUCUGGCUCAGAUGCAUUUGCUCUAAAAACAGUCGCCAAAGAAGAUGGCGACCACUACCUUUUAACAGGAUCAAAAAUGUGGAUUUCAAAUUCAGACUACGCAGAAAUAUUCAUCGUCAUGGCAAAUGCGGACCCAUCAAAAGGUCACCGUGGAAUCACAUGCUUCAUAGUCGAAAAAGACAUGCCUGGUUUCACUAUUGGGAAAUUGGAAAAGAAGCUAGGAAUCAAAGCGUCAGGGACCUGUAUGCUGCAUUUUGAUGGUGUCAAAGUCCCCAAGGAGAACAUAUUAGGAGAAUUUGGAAAAGGUUACAAAUACGCAGCUGCUUUUUUAAAUGAAGGCCGAAUCGGAAUCGGAGCACAAAUGUUGGGGCUAAUGCAAGGAUGUUUUGAUGCGACAAUACCAUACACUUUGGAAAGAAAACAGUUCGGUACACCUAUUUUUGAAAAUCAAGGUAUGCAACAUCAAAUAAGUGAUGUCGCCGUGACAAUCGAAGCAGCUAGGCUAUUGGUUUAUAAUGCAGCCCGACUCCAACAAGCAGGCAAACCAUUUAUGAAAGAAGCAUCUAUGGCCAAGUAUUACGCCUCAGAGGUGGCUCACCAUGUAACCAGAAAAUGUAUUGACUGGAUGGGCGGUGUCGGUUUCACGACGGAUUUCCCACAGGAGAAAUAUUACAGAGACGCCAAAAUUGGUACAAUCUACGAAGGAACAUCAAACAUCCAAUUGAACACAAUAGCUAAAGUACUGAGGAAGGAAUUCUCAUAGCUGUGAUUUUUAAGAAACUACUUUGCAGAAUAUGAAAGUCUACAGGAUAUUGUUGAAUCUUCAUAAUAUAAGUGCCAAAAAUCUAUUUUUGAUAUACUGAUACAACCAAGUUGUAAAAAAAAUGAUAUUGCAAUAAAGUAUAUACAUUUUUA